GGCUGCGCGCGGCGGUGCGGAGCUCCCGUCUCGUCCCGCCCGGUGCCAGCCCGGAGCGGCGUUCCCGGCCGGAUGGCCGUCGCUGCUGCCCGGUUACCUCGUACAGCGCACCCCGGAAAGGCCCCCUACUCCAACGGGAAAAACGCGCCCGGAAAACCACCGGGAUUCGCAAAACACGUCACCGGCUCUCGGCGUGCCUGGUUCUUCUUGGCACAGCUCACAGACCGCAGCUCAGCGUUCGGCCCCGGCGGCGUUGUCGGAAUGGCACCGGCCAGGCCCGGAGGUGGAACCUGAAAGGGAUUUAUUUGCACGAGUCAGAUGUGAAAUAAAUGGAACAGUAAGACUCCGGGAGCCAGGAAAAGGUCUCGUGUGGCUUCUUCCCAGUGAGGCAUAUAAAAGUAAAAGUCUGAUUCGUGUGUUAAUAGCAGCACAGGGAAGUCAGGGGUGAGCCAGACAAAUGGCUUUGCAGUCCGGCCUGGGAGGGACAAAUCACGUUGGAAAACGAAAUUUCAUUAACAAAUAGAAGAAAAUGGAAUCUUCUUAGUUGAAAGAGAGAUCCCAACCCUAAACACGUUAGCAAUUCCGCAGAGGGAAGCCACUGGUCAGCAGUAACUAGGCAUCCAACUAUAGAAAACCUGGCUUAGGUACAGCCCAGAGGAAGAAAAGUGGCUUGAAACCUGAACUUACAGAAGAGCAAAAGCAGGAGAUCAGAGAAGCUUUUGAUUUGUUUGACACUGAUGGAUCUGGAAGCAUUGACAUAAAAGAACUGAAGGUUGCAAUGCGUGCCUUAGGCUUUGAGCCAAAGAAGGAAGAGAUUAAGAAGAUGAUAGCAGACAUUGACAAGGAAGGAAGUGGCACCAUCAACUUUGAAGACUUUUUAGCUAUGAUGACACAAAAAAUGAGCGAAAAGGAUUCAAAAGAAGAAAUCCUGAAAGCUUUCAGAUUAUUUGAUGAUGAUGGCACAGGAAAAAUUUCAUUCAAAAACUUGAAAAGGGUUGCCAAGGAGCUGGGAGAAAAUUUAACAGAUGAAGAACUUCAGGAAAUGAUUGAUGAAGCUGAUCGAGAUGGAGAUGGGGAAGUAAGCGAGCAAGAAUUUUUGAGAAUCAUGAAGAAAACUAGCUUAUACUAAUAUUUGUUGCCUUGCUGUACAGCUGGGCCAAAAGAUAACCUGGAAAAGGUUUAAAAACUGGGCUUGUGCCUUCUGCAUGUUUUCUGCCACAUGAACAAAGUCUGAAAGGGCAGAUUUUUUGGUUUAUUUCUCUUUUUCAACAAAAAUCAUUGGGGAAGGAGGGCUGCAGUACCCAAUACUGCCAAAAUGAGAUACUGCAGAAGUCAAGGAAGGGUCCCUUCCCCUCUACCAUAACAACUUCCCUGAUGGCCAUUUUGGAUAAAAACUGCUGUGUUUUACUAUUUAACUAAAAGAUACUUCACUUCAGAGUUGAAGAUGCCCACUGCUGCUGGGAAAGGCUACUUUGCCUUUUCUAAGGUUACUGAUUGAAGGGACAAGCACAGUAUUUUUUAUUCCUUUGAAGGUUUUUUAGGUUAUCUUUUGGUAUUUGUCUCCUGUUGUUUAUUUCCAUGAAAGACUCUAAAAUUAAUUGUAUAUUUGUCUGUAUUUCUGUAUGAAACACUGUUUUCCUAUGGCAAGUUGUUUUUGGAUUUAAUGGAAAGCAAAUGUAGAUUUGGUUCUUCCUUUGGAGCUCUGUGCUAUCCGUAGAUGUUCUUGUGUUUAGCUGAUCACCUGAAACCAGAAUGAAACUUGAAUGUAACCUGCUUGGGUGACCAAAGUUUAUUGUUUAUAACCAGGCAACACCUUGUGCCAUUGUUCUUACUCCCCAGACAUCCCCAGAGCUUCUGUUAUUCCAGGAUUUCAGGUACCUAAAAAGUUCAGUUCCAUGGUGCAGGAGGGUAAAUUUUGUCUUGCUGACAGUUGCACUGCAGAGAGGAUUUGCAUCUGAAGUGAAAAAGUAGCUCACCAUGGACAUCUGUGGAGCACUGAAUAUUUUAAAUCCAUGCAGUCCAAAUCCAGAUUUUGCACAUCACAGGUUUUGGGGUGUUUUUUUUUUCAGUAGUACCUUCAUUUUCUUCAUUAUUUCUUUCAUAUACUGUCAAUCCAGGACUAAUUGGAGAGUCACAUUUCCUUCUGAAUUCUAGAGCAGUGACACCCAGCCUGCUAUGUGAUUAUGUUGCUCUGCAGGAGGGUUUAUCCUGUAUAGACAAUCAGCUUCAAAACUUUCAAAUCCUGAAAAACUUCAGAGGCCUGAGAAGUCCCCUGUUAACAUGGUGGCUGUAGAUGUAAUCUGUAGUACUGCAAGUGUUUUAAAAUGUCUUACCUUUGUAUAAGUGUGAAAUAAAACUGUUUUGCAAGUUAAGAA